UGAGACAAGAGUCCAUGAUGAUAAACUGGAAUUAACUGUAAAUAGCCACUAUGGAAAAAUUAAGAUUGUCGAUUGGGAUGCAAUGCAGUAUAAGGAAUCUGAAGAACCAAAUAUGAGUGGUUUUCUGUGGAUAUCAGAAAACAAUGGAAACACUACUAGACGUGAUAGUUGGAGUACAAGUGAUAUUAGAGAUC